UCUCACAUACUCCUUUUAAACUUUGAAUGCAGUUGCACCAAGUGGAGACUGGGAUGCUGCAAUUCCUCCACAGAUUCCAAGUUCUGGAAUCGAUGUCAUCCCGCCGCCUCCUGCUGCCACUGGCUGGGAAUGAAAGAAUUAGGGAAGGAUUUUUGUUUUGACCGGUUCUUGUUUUUAAUUGUUAUAAUGAGUUAGUUUUGAACUUAAAUCAAUUUCUUUUGAGCAACGGACUUGUAUUCCUGGCACAGUUUAGUUUUAGGAAUCAGUUUAUAUAUUUUGUUGGAACGAGGUUGGAGUGAUGAAAUAUUUUUCUUGCAUAAGGGCGCAUAUGAAGCUUUUCAUAUUAACGCAUUGUUAAUUUUCAU